AUGGCCAUGGUGGAUGAACCUCUAUAUCCCAUCGCUGUACUCAUCGACGAGCUCAAGAACGAUGAUAUCCAGCUUCGUUUGAACUCCAUCCGUCGCCUUUCUACAAUAGCUCGUGCCCUUGGAGAGGAGCGUACGAGGAAAGAGCUAAUCCCAUUUUUGAGUGAGAACAGUGAUGAUGACGAUGAGGUUCUCCUUGCAAUGGCUGGGGAAUUGGGUGUUUUUAUUCCCUUUGUUGGAGGGGUUGAGCAUGCUCAUGUGCUUUUACCUCCUCUUGAGUCUUUAUGUACUGUUGAAGAGACUUGUGUGAGAGAGAAAGCUGUUGACUCGCUUUGUAAGAUUGGGUCUCAGAUGAGGGAGAGUGAUCUUGUGGACUUCUUUGUCCCUCUUUUGAAGAGACUUGCGGCUGGUGAAUGGUUUGCAGCUAGAGUUUCCGCGUGUGGUUUAUUUCAUGUUGCGUACAAAGGUUGUAGUGAUGUGUUGAAGACAGAGUUACGGUCUACUUAUGGCCAGUUGUGCAAAGAUGAUAUGCCUAUGGUGCGAAGAGCUGCUGCAACUAAUUUGGGGAAAUUUACGGAAACUGUGGAGUCUAGCUAUUUGAACGCUGAGAUCAUGACUAUGUUCGAUGAUCUUACUAAAGAUGAGCAAGAUUCUGUUAUACUAUUGGCUGUGGAAGGCUGUGCAGCUCUUGGAAAGUUACUGGAACCUCAGGAUUGUGUUGCACGCAUUUUACCUGUUAUUGUUAAUUUUUCUCAGGAAUUAUCGAGCGAUUCUUCUCAACAUGUCCGCUCUGCUCUAGCUUCAGUAAUAAUGGGAAUGGCUCCUAUCCUUGGGAAGGAAUCAACCAUUGAGCAUCUGCUACCAAUUUUUCUUUCCCUUUUGAAAGAUGAAUUCCCUGAUGUACGCCUCAACAUCAUAAGCAAGCUAGACCAAGUCAACCAGGUUAUUGGGAUUGAUCUGCUAUCACAAUCUUUGUUGCCUGCGAUUGUAGAGCUUGCCGAGGACCGGCACUGGAGAGUCCGUCUUGCAAUAAUUGAGUAUGUUCCUCUGUUGGCCAGCCAAUUGGGUAUAGGGUUUUUCGAUGACAAGCUUGGAGCUCUUUGCAUGCAGUGGUUACAAGACAAGGUAUACUCUAUCCGUGAAGCUGGAGCAAACAACCUAAAGCGUCUUGCAGAGGAGUUUGGUACUGAAUGGGCAAUGCAGCACUUAGUUCCUCAGGUUGUAUUAGACAUGGUCAACAAUUCGCACUACCUACACAGGAUGAUGGCUCUACGUGCAAUAUCUCUCAUGGCUCCUGUAAUGGGAUCAGAAAUCACGUGCUCUAAGUUCCUUCAUGUGGUGGUUGAGGCAUCAAAAGACAGAGUUCCAAACAUCAAGUUCAAUGUUGCAAAACUUCUGCAAUCCCUCAUCCCCAUAGUCGACCAAUCAGUGGUGGACAAAACAAUCCGUCAGUGUUUGGUGGACCUGAGUGAGGAUCCUGAUGUUGAUGUUCGUUAUUUUGCAAACCAAGCGCUUCAUUCCAUUAACGGUGUCGCAGUGGCGUAA